GCGGCCCCUCCCCUGGGCGCGCGCGCGACCGGGGCGCCAUGGCGGCGGCUGCAGGCCGGCUGCCCGGGGUCGCGGCGUCCGAGGACGCCACGAGACCGCAGUGGGCGCCGCCGGAGGCCGAGGAGGCCCGGGCAGCGGCCGGGCUGGGCGACUGCGAGGAAGCCCCGGUGCGGCCGCUGUGCAAGCCGCGCGGCAUCUGCUCGCGCGCCUACUUCCUGGUGCUGAUGGUGUUCGUGCACCUGUACCUGGGCAACGUGCUGGCGCUGCUGCUCUUCGUGCACUACAGCAACGGCGAUGAGAGCAGCGAGCCGGGGCCCCAGCGCCGCGCCCCGAGCCCCGGGCCCGCUCCCACCCCGAGUCCCCUCACCCGACUCGAGGGAAUCAAGGUGGGGCACGAGCGUAAGGUGCAGCUGGUCGCCGGCAGGGACCACUUCAUCCGAACCCUCAGCCUCAAGCCACUGCUCUUCGAAAUCCCUGGCUUCCUGAGUGAUGAGGAGUGUCGACUGAUCAUCCACCUGGCACAGAUGAAGGGUUUACAGCGCAGCCAGAUCCUGCCCACUGAAGAGUAUGAGGAGGCCAUGGGCACCAUGCAGGUCAGCCAGCUGGACCUCUUCCAGCUGCUGGACCAGAACCAUGAUGGUCUCCUACAGCUCCGUGAGGUCCUGGCCCAGAAUCGUUUGGGAAAUGGACGGUGGAUGACUCCAGAGAACAUUCAGGAGAUGUACUCUGCAAUCAAGGCUGACCCUGAUGGGGACGGAGUGCUGAGCCUGCAGGAGUUCUCUGACAUGGACCUUCGGGACUUCCACAAGUACAUGAGGAGCCGCAAGGCAGAGUCCAGCGAGCUGGUGCGGAACAGCCACCACACAUGGCUGUACCAGGGUGAAGGUGCCCACCAUGUCAUGCGCGCCAUCCGGCAGAGGGUACUACGCCUGACUCGUCUGUCACCCGAAAUCGUGGAGCUCAGUGAGCCACUGCAGGUUGUGCGCUACGGCGAGGGAGGACACUACCAUGCCCACGUGGACAGUGGGCCCGUGUACCCAGAGACCAUCUGCUCCCACACCAAGCUGGUAGCCAACGAGUCUGUACCCUUUGAGACAUCCUGCCGCUACAUGACAGUGCUGUUUUAUUUGAACAACGUCACCGGUGGGGGCGAGACUGUCUUCCCUGUAGCAGACAACAGGACCUACGACGAAAUGAGUCUGAUUCAGGAUGAUGUCGACCUCCGGGACACUCGGAGACACUGUGACAAGGGGAACUUGCGCGUCAAGCCCCGGCAGGGAACAGCAGUCUUCUGGUACAACUAUUUGCCGGAUGGGCAUGGUUGGGUAGGUGACGUGGAUGACUACUCUUUGCACGGGGGCUGCCUGGUCACUCGUGGCACUAAGUGGAUCGCCAACAACUGGAUCAAUGUGGACCCCAGCCGUGCGCGGCAGGCUCUGUACCAGCAGGAGAUGGCACGCCUGGCUCGCGAGGCCGGCACCGACUCACAACCGGAGUGGGCCCUGGACCGGUCCUACCGCGAUGCGCGAGUGGAACUCUGAGGGGAGAGCGGGGCGGCGUGGGGCAAGGGGGGCCCUCCGUGGCACGUCGGCCCCCCUCUCUCCCCCCAGGGGGCGCCCUUUCAGCUCCGUCUAGCUGCUGGCCAAAGCUGCUGUCUUGCCCCACCCCCGCCUCCAGCCGCGAUUAGGGCAGCGCGCUAUAUUCCUAUUUAUUGUGUACAGACCCCUGCUACCCCCUCAAAUAAAUCUACUGGGCUUUGA